CGCUCAGUGUGGAAGAAGUAGCUGCACAGCCUGCGCUGAUAGAGACAGUUUACCUUCGCUGCUUCUCCUGCCUUUUGUCUCAGGAGCUGAAGACUCACCACCGGUAGAAGUAUCUCAAAAUGAAACGAGUCUGGGUGUUAGGGCUUGUUUUCGCACUUCUAGCCUUCGCUGCUGUACGGGCUGAGGAUGAGGUGGAUGUGGAUGGCACAGUGGAGGAGGACCUCGGGAAGAGCAGGGAUGGAUCCAGAACAGAUGACGAGGUGGUGCAGAGGGAGGAGGAGGCUAUCCAGCUGGAUGGUUUGAAUGCUGCUCAGAUUAAGGAACUCAGGGAAAAGUCUGAAAAACACGCAUUUCAGGCAGAAGUCAAUCGUAUGAUGAAGCUAAUUAUCAACUCUCUUUACAAGAACAAGGAGAUCUUCCUCAGGGAGUUGAUCUCCAACGCCUCGGAUGCUCUGGAUAAGAUCCGGCUGUUGUCGCUUACUGAUGACACUGCUUUGGCAGCCAAUGAAGAGCUGACCAUCAAAAUUAAAUCUGAUAAAGAAAAGAACAUGCUCCACAUCACUGACACUGGUAUUGGAAUGACCAAAGAGGAGUUGGUGAAGAACUUGGGAACCAUCGCCAAGUCGGGCACCAGCGAGUUCCUCAAUAAGAUGACAGAGAUGCAGUCUGAGGGACAGUCUACGUCCGAGCUGAUUGGCCAGUUCGGUGUGGGUUUCUACUCCGCUUUCCUCGUUGCUGACAAAGUCAUUGUGACGUCCAAGCACAACAACGACACUCAGCACAUCUGGGAGUCGGAUUCAAACCAGUUCUCGGUCAUCGAGGACCCACGUGGGGACACUCUGGGAAGAGGAACAACCAUCACGCUGGUCCUGAAGGAGGAAGCCUCUGACUUCCUGGAGCUGGAAACCAUCAAGAAUCUUGUUAGGAAGUAUUCCCAGUUCAUCAACUUCCCCAUCUACGUUUGGACUAGCAAGACUGAGACGGUCGAAGAGCCCAUCGAGGAAGAUGCUGAAGCAGAGGAACCAGAGAAGGAGGCCACUGAAGAUGAGGCUGAAGUAGAGGAAGAGGAGGAGGAUAAAGACAAACCAAAGACAAAGAAGGUUGAGAAGACAGUUUGGGAUUGGGAACUGAUGAAUGACAUCAAGCCAAUCUGGCAGAGACCAGCCAAGGAGGUCGAGGAGGAUGAAUACAAGGCCUUCUACAAGACCUUCUCAAAGGACACUGAUGACCCCCUGGCACACAUCCACUUCACAGCAGAAGGUGAAGUUACCUUCAAGUCCAUCCUCUUCGUCCCCACGGCGGCUCCACGUGGCCUCUUUGACGAGUAUGGCUCAAAAAAGAACGACUACAUCAAGCUGUUUGUCAGGAGAGUUUUCAUCACAGACGACUUCAACGACAUGAUGCCCAAGUACCUAAACUUCAUCAAGGGAGUGGUCGACUCUGAUGACCUUCCUCUAAACGUGUCCAGAGAAACUCUGCAGCAACACAAACUGUUGAAGGUCAUCCGCAAGAAGCUGGUCCGUAAGACUUUGGACAUGAUCAAGAAGAUUGCAGAUGAUCAGUACAACGAAAAGUUCUGGAAGGAGUUCGGAACCAACAUCAAACUAGGCGUGAUCGAGGAUCACUCCAACAGAACCCGUCUGGCCAAACUGCUCCGCUUCCAGACCUCCAACAGCGAAACCGUCCUGUCCAGUCUGGAGCAGUAUGUGGAGCGCAUGAAGGAGAAGCAGGAUAAGAUCUACUUCAUGGCUGGUACCAGCAGAAAGGAGGCGGAGUCUUCCCCCUUUGUCGAGAGGCUGCUGAAGAAAGGCUAUGAGGUUAUUUACCUGACGGAGCCUGUGGAUGAGUACUGCAUCCAGGCUCUGCCCGAGUUUGAUGGAAAACGCUUCCAGAACGUGGCCAAAGAGGGGGUGAAGUUCGAGGAAAGUGAGAAGGCCAAAGAGAAGAGGGAGGCCCUGGAGAAGGAGUUUGAGCCUCUCACUACUUGGCUAAAGGACAAGGCUCUGAAGGACAAGAUUGAAAAGGCCGUUCUCUCCCAGAGGUUGACCAACUCACCCUGUGCUCUGGUUGCCAGUCAGUACGGCUGGUCUGGAAACAUGGAGAGGAUCAUGAAGGCACAGGCUUAUCAGACAGGAAAAGAUAUUUCCACAAAUUAUUAUGCCAGCCAGAAGAAAACCCUGGAAAUCAAUCCCAAACAUCCCCUCGUUAAGCAGAUGCUCAGCAGAGUCAAUGCUGAUGCUGAGGACCAGACGGCAUCAGAUCUUGCAGUGGUUCUGUUUGAAACGGCUACACUGCGCUCAGGAUACCAGCUGGCUGACACUAAAGCCUAUGGAGACAGAAUAGAGCGCAUGCUCCGACUCAGCAUGAAUGUUCCCCUGGACGAACAGGUUGAAGAGGAACCUGAGGAAGAGCCAGAGGAACCAGCAGAUGAAGGAUCUGAAGAUAAAGAAGAGGAAGAAAUUGUAGAUGAUGAUGAAGAUGAAACGGGACAGUCGAAGGAUGAACUGUGAAGCACUGAACAGGAGGGAGUGUGACAAUGGAACUGGGAAUCGGACUGUUUCUUGUUCCAGUGCCACUGUGGUGGUUAUCCUGGGGGAGGGGGAGGGGGUCCUGGGGAAUGGGUUUUUUAUCAAGACCAUUGUUUGUUUUUUGGUGUUUUUGUUUUCUUUUUUUUACAUUCCUCAUGACUGUAAAUUUGUUAAUAUUUAACUGAGCUGUUUAUGGAAAGAUACAAUUCCGUCUUAUU